AUGGAUAUCCACCGCUGCAGAUUCGUUCCAUACCCUCCGUCAACAAUCAAUGCGUUGGCAUUUACACACUCGAAGUUAGCAAAAGGUCAAUCCGCCGUUUCUCCACGAUUGGCCCUAGGACGCGCAAACGGUGAUAUCGAGCUCUGGAACCCGCAAAAAGGAUCAUGGCUUCAAGAAACAAUAAUUCGAGGUGGAAAGGAUCGCAGUAUUGAUGGACUAGUCUGGACUCAAGAUCCUAAUGAGGAUAUCAAUGGCACGAAAUUACUUGGGAAAUCCAGACUCUUCAGCAUCGGAUAUACUACGACUGUUACCGAGUGGGAUUUGGUGAAAGGUCAGCCAUUACGCUCAGCAAGCGGCAACCAUGGAGAGAUAUGGUGUCUUGCCGCUCAACCUGCAGAGGAACUGAAGGAUGGAGAGGAACCUUCUGGAGAGUGUCAAAAGCUUAUUGCUGGGUGUGUUGAUGGAGCUUUAGUUUUAUACUCCACAUCCGACGAAGACCUGCAGUUACAAAAAGUUCUUGUUCGCCCAUCUGCGAAAAAAGCAAAGAUUAUUAGUGUUGCUUUUCAAGAUCGCUUUCAUGUCAUUGCGGGAUGUUCAGAUAGCAAUAUUCGAGUUUAUGAUAUACGGACUGGAUCAAUGCUAAGACAGAUGUCUUUGGGAGCUGGACCUAAAGGAGGACCUCAGGAUAUCAUUGUCUGGGCCGUCAAAGCAUUACCAAACGGAGAUAUCAUUUCUGGCGACUCAACUGGUGAAAUCAAAGUAUGGCAGGGCAAAACAUACAGUUUGAUGCAACGUAUUAAAAGUCAUACCCAAGAUGUUCUCAGUCUUGCGACAAGCGCUGAUGGGUUGUCGUUUUUCAGUGGUGGUAUGGACAGACGUACAGUUGUCUACAAACAAAUUAAAGGGAAGAAGAGAUGGUCAGAAGUUGGGCACAAGAGAUAUCACAGCCACGACGUCAAGGCUAUGGCAAGCUUGGAGUGUCGAGGAAUCAGCGUUGUGGUUUCCGGAGGUCCUGAUGCUGCUCCUACUGUUCUCCCACUUGCGCAAUUCGGUCAAGAGAAUCAACGCGCCUUGCCCUUCCUACCUCAACCAUCCAUUAUUCAGAGCUCAACAAGAAAGAGAUUGAUGAUGAGCUGGUGGGAUCGCGAAAUACAUAUCUGGCGCAUAAAUGGACUUUCCGAAUCCACCAACAGCGAUGAACCAGAGGUUGCAGCUGCCAAUCGCAAAUUGGUAGCGAAGAUACUAGUCAGGGGAGAGUCUAACAUUACAUCUGCGACAUUGAAUGCUGCAGGAAACCUGGUCGCAAUCUCGACUGUGGCAGAUAUCAAACUAUUCCGUCUUAAGGCACGAAAGCCAGAAGAAGGCGAGGGUCUCAAAAUAUCACCUGUCGCUGUACCAUCGGCCUUUUCUUCUGGGGCCCGUUCGAUCCAAUUCUCCCCCGACGGAAAUUGGCUAUCGAUAGUUCGUGAUGAUAGCUCAAUCGCCGUGGCACGAAUCCUUCAGGAUGAGGAAACGCCAUCAUCCUUUAGUGUUAUUCCUCAGCUCUCAAGACUUUCUCGUCUUGAUCGCAACAUCUCGAAAACUAAGCUUCUAGGUGGUCUUGGCGCAUACGAGAGAACUGUCACUCAAACAGCAUUCUCAUCUGAUAGCAGAAUUUUAGUCGUCAGUGAUUUGGCAGGUUUUGUUGAUACUUGGGUUUUAGAAGGAAUCGAAGAUCUUACACAAGGACUGGAGGAAACACAGGAAGAUGACGCAUCUGAUGAUGAUUCCGACGAUGGUUUAGAUGUCGAAGAAGAGAAGAAGCCAAAAUUGAUUUUCGGUCAACAUUGGACACAAAAUCCAUCCGCCACUCGCAUACCAAAACUUCCGGCCGCACCAGUUGUACUAUCAUUCCGUCCUUCAAUGCGCCCCGCACAAAUCAAUGGAGCCACACCUCCUGCCACACGCAACACUCCUCAACCCAUAUCUCACGAACUACCUGUCGCUGAGGACCGUUUAGUUAUUGUCACAUCCACCAAUGAAAUUUAUGAAUUCGAGGUUUUGGCCGGUUCACUCACACCCUGGUCUCGUAGAAAUCCUACCUCUACGUUUCCUCUUGCUUUCCGCAAACUUGGAGAUCUGGCAAGAGGUUGUAUAUGGGAUAUCUCUAAUGGUCGCGAGCGCAUUUGGCUACACGGUGUUGGUUGGUUAUGGAUGUUUGAUUUAUCACAAGAUUUCCAUUUUGAAAACGAGGAAGCAGAAGAGAACGGAGAGUCCGAAAUCGCAGGAAACAAACGUAAACGCUUUCAACAAGGGAAAUCUGGAGCAGGAGGUAUGAUUGACACAGAUGAGAAAGAGACAGGAAUGUCUCGUAAAAUCCGCAAACUCAUCCACGAAGAGGAGACCCAAGAGACGGAAUUAGAUAUUGAAGCCAUUAAAGAUGCUAUGGAUGUCGAUUCGGAAGACGAUGACAGGGAAAUGAAGUUGCUGCUGAGGGAAAAGUCGCAGAAGAGCGAAGAUGAGAAAUUUGGAGGACCAGCGCAAACCUACAAGACGUUCAAGUAUAGACCUAUAUUAGGUGUGGUGGAGAUCGGUGAGGGAGGAGAAGGCGGUCCAGAGGUGGCGAUCGUGGAGAGACCUAUUUGGGAAGCGGAUUUGCCAAUGAGAUAUGAGGGUGACCAGGAGUGGGAAAAGAAGUCCUUGUAUUAA